AUGGACUACCCGCCCUCGGUCCUACCUCGCUACACAGGGACUACCCACCCUCGGCCCUGCCUCGCUACACAGGGACUACCCGCCCUCGGCCCUACCUCGCUACACAGGGACUAUCCACCCUCGGUCCUACCUCGCUACACAGGGACUACCCGCCCUUGGUCCUACCUCGCUACACAGGGACUACCCGCCCUUGGUCCUACCUCGCUACACAGGGACUACCCGCCCUUGGUCCUACCUCGCUACACAGGGACUAUCCACCCUCGGUCCUACCUCGCUACACAGGGACUACCCGCCCUCGGCCCUACAUCGCUACACAGGGACUACCCGCCCUCGGUCCUACCUCGCUACACAGGGACUACCCGCCCUCGGCCCUACCUCGCUACACAGGUACUACCCGCCCUCGGCCCUACCUCGCUACACAGGGACUACCCGCCCUCGGUCCUACCUCGCUACACAGGUACUACCCGCCCUCGACCCUAUCUCGCUACACAGGGACUACCCGCCCUCGGCCCUAUAUCGCUACACAGGGACAACCCGCCCUCGGCCCUAUAUCGCUACACAGGGACAACCCGCCCUCGGCCCUAUAUCGCUACACAGGGACUACCCGCCCUCGGCCCUACCUCGCUACACAUGGACGACCCGCCCUCGGCCCUACCUUGCUACACAGGGACUACCCGCCCUCGGCCCUACCUCGCUACACAUGGACGACCCGCCCUCGGCCCUACCUCGCUACACAUGGACGACCCGCCCUCGGCCCUACCUUGCUACACAGGGACUACCCGCCCUCGGCCCUACCUCGCUACACAUGGACGACCCGCCCUCGGCCCUACCUUGCUACACAGGUACUACCCGCCCUCGGCCCUACCUCGCUACACAUGGACGACCCGCCCUCGGCCCUACCUUGCUACACAGGGACUACCCGCCCUCGGCCCUACCUCGCUACACACGGACGACCCGCCCUCGGCCCUACCUCGCUACACCUGGGCUAAAUGUGUACCGACAGCAUCUACUGCUGGAAAAUAA